AAUGGACUGAAGUAGUUUCCUUAUGUGAGGAGGUGUUGAGUUACAGCAGGAGGAAUGAGAGCUGGGUGGAGAGAAAAAACAUCUGAUCUGCAACCUUUCCCUUCUCUUGGGGCAACAUGUAUAAUAGUUAAACAAGAAAAGCAAUGGGAAUAUAACAUGGAACUUGUAUUUAUUGUUUCUUCAGUGACCUAAUGCCUGUGUUUACUGUAGAUUACAUGAAAUGCCGCUGGAUUAAUCAUGAAAAGCUGAGGAGACGCAGAUGCCCCGCUGUAAAAUGCCACGCAGGCAAAGACUGACAGGCAGCAGGAUCUGAGGUUUCCCCUGGAUCACUAGUCAGACGUGUUCCAGGGAGCAGGGACUGCUAGCUCGCUAAGGUAAGAGGCCCGGGGGGCAAGCGCAAUAAAGAAGACAAACAAACUUUUAAAGAUGAACAAGAUCCGGAAGCUUUUCCGAGGUAGUGGGAGAGCUCUCGCUUUUAUAUUUGUUGCUUCUGUCAUUUGGUUGAUCUUUGACAUGGCAGCUCUCAAGCUUUCAUUCAGUGAGAUCAACACCAAGGUUCUGAAAGAUGAGAUGAUCAGGAGGGAAAGGGAAAGAUUCAAAGUUUGGCGAAACCUAGAGAAGACCCCUGAAGGCUCCAGAAGGGAACCAAAACCUCACCCGAAAGGCUUUGAAAGGGGGAGAUUUAGUAAGGAGAAAUAUAGAAAUAUAGAAGAGAAAGUGGUAGAGGCUGAAAAUGAAAUAGACAAACAGAAUGAAAAGAGAACACCAAAACCAACAGAAAAGAGAAGCAUGGCCUAUAAGAAAAUGAUUGUUCCAUUUGGGACAUUCUCACUGAAACUGCUGAGCUCCUAUCCCUCUGUUCCCAUGGAAAAGAAAGAGAGAAAAAAGCAUGUAAAAGCUGUAAACUCCACAGACUUGCUGAGAACAAAGCAAACUGUUCCCAAAAGGCUUCAGCAGACCCCAUUAGCUACAGCAACAGGGAGAUCAGUAGUCAAAUUAACACACAGCCCAGCUACUGUAAGAAACAAAGUUGCACAGAAAGAGAACCAACUUGUAACUAAGGCAUCAAAGGGUAUUGAGGGCAAUUUAAAAAUUGGGAUUACAGAGAAAAUCCCUUUGGCUGGAUUAAAACAGGAAUUGCAAACGGAAGCAAAUCCCAAGGCACCUCAGAACAAACCCCCAGUACUAGAUUUGCCAGUUCCUGGGCAAAUCAUUCCUAUAAAGCAAAACAGGAUUGGGGUGAAAGCAAUAGAUGGCACUGAAUACAAAGCAAACAGGAGUUUGGAUGUACCUGUCAGCAAACUGGCUGCUGCAAACAGUGCAGAGAAAAAGGGAUUGUCCGCAAAGCCAACAGGACUGGGAAAGCUGCCAAAGGAAGACGAAACAAAAGCUGCUCAUGAAAAGAAACUAACUUUCUCUGAAAAUCAGUUUGUCAUUAUUAGUAAAGAGGGGAUAAAAAUCAACAUCCCAGCAACCCAGAAUCUUGUAGCUGAUUCUAAAAGAAAUUUUACAAUGAGAUUGAAAAUGAGAAAAGAACAGCAAGUUAUUAGCAACAAAAGUGAGGAUGCCCCUAACGUGAACUCUGUAACCAAGACUGCUGUGCUUAAUGGUCUAACUAAGAAAGCAAUUUUGACUGAAGGUCCAGAGCUAACAAAAGUUUACGUCAGUUUAGCUGAUAAGGAGCAAUUAAGGAAAAUAAAUCGAAGCAGCUAUACAGUCCAUUUUACAAGGAACACUGGGAUGCACAAAGUCUUAACAAUUGAUGUAACACUUUCCCCAAGAGAUCCCAAAGCUCCCGGUCAGUUUGGGCAUCCUGCUGCAGUCCCUGAUGAUAAGCAAGAAGAAGCAAAAAGUAGAUGGAAGGAAGGAAACUUCAAUGUCUAUCUGAGUGAUUUGAUCCCUGUAGACCGAGCCAUUGAGGAUACAAGGCCUGCUGGGUGUUCAGAACAACUGGUGCACGAUGACCUUCCGACUACCACGGUUAUCAUGUGUUUUGUGGAUGAAGUGUGGUCCACUCUUCUACGCUCCGUUCACAGUGUCCUCAAUCGAUCUCCUCCUCACCUGAUUAAAGAGAUUAUUCUGGUGGAUGACUUCAGCACAAAAGAAUACCUCAAGGACAGCCUGGACAAAUACAUGUCACAGUUUCCAAAGGUUCAGCUCCUUCACCUCAAAGAAAGACAUGGUUUAAUACGAGCCAGACUAGCAGGGGCAGAGAUUGCUAAAGGUGAUGUAUUGACAUUCUUAGAUUCUCAUGUGGAAUGUAAUGUAGGAUGGUUGGAACCACUUCUGGAAAGAGUCCGUUUAAAUAGAAAGAAAGUAGCGUGCCCAGUUAUUGAAGUAAUCAGUGACAAGGACAUGAGUUACAUGACAGUGGAUAACUUUCAGCGUGGUAUUUUUACCUGGCCAAUGAAUUUUGGAUGGAGGCAGAUUCCUCCAGAGGUCAUUGAGAAAGAUAAAAUCAAGGAAACAGAUAUAAUAAGGUGUCCCGUAAUGGCAGGUGGAUUAUUUUCUAUUGAUAAGAAGUAUUUUUUUGAACUUGGAACGUAUGAUCCUGGACUGGAUGUUUGGGGAGGUGAAAAUAUGGAGAUUUCAUUCAAGGUCUGGAUGUGUGGAGGAGAAAUUGAGAUCAUCCCAUGCGCCAGAGUUGGACAUAUUUUCAGGAAUGACAACCCGUACUCCUUCCCUAAAGACCGGAUAAAAACAGUGGAGCAGAAUUUGGCACGUGUUGCAGAGGUCUGGUUAGAUGAGUACAAAGAAUUGUUCUAUGGACAUGGUUACCACUUAAUCCAGAAAAACCUGGAUGUUGGAGACUUGACUCAACAAAUAGAACUGCGGAAGAAGCUUAAGUGCAAAAACUUCAAGUGGUAUCUGGAGAACAUCUACCCAGACCUGGAAGCUCCUCUUGUUAAAGCCAGUGGGCUGAUUGUUAACAUAGCCAUGGCUAGAUGCAUUACUGUGGAAAACUCCACUCUGGCCUUUGAGACUUGUAACAUUAGCAACAAGAACCAGAAGUUCAACUACACAUGGCUGAGACUAAUAAAACAUGGGGACUUCUGUGUAGCACCAGUAGAUGCAAAGAGAACACUGGGCCUGUAUCCUUGCGAUAACAGAAACAAUAGCCUGAAAUGGUUGCAUAAAUCAUUGGUGGCCUUUCAACCAGAACUGAUGGAUCACGUGGUUUUAGAACACCUUCAGCAGCCAACAUGUUUGGAAGUGGAUCAGUCUCACAAAACCCUAAGGGUUAAUGCCUGUGACGCCUCAAAUCCUUAUCAGAAAUGGCAGUUUGGAAAUUAUUAUGCUGACUGAAGAGAACACGAUCAAAACAGAAACAGAAGAUUCAAAUCGUGUGAAUUCAAGAAUGACAUCUGUGAGAUUUGUGACAGCAAUUACAAAAUUGGAGGUUCAUUUCCAAAUGGUAAUUUAAAUCCAUCAUUUUAAAUCACCAUAUUGAGAGAUCAAAAUAUCAAGCAAUAGCACAUCUGGUUUGAUAUGGUUUAAAACACACAGGCAUGUUUUCCACUCACUGUGGGGCACUAGGGGAAGGUUGAGUGAAAGUUUUUUCAGUAAAUGGAAAUACUUUCUAAAGUUCCUCAUUCCCACCUUAAGCUUCAGAGAGAUUAAUGCAAGUUACCAGAAAUAGUUCCAGGGUUCAACCCCUGUGACUGCACAUAGCAUGUUGUUCUGCUGUUUGGAAGAUCCACAUUUGCUCAUUUAUGCCUCCACACGCCAACAAAAUGAAAGUAUCCUAGACCCAGUACCUAAAAAUCCAUCCAGGAUCACAGGAACCUGCUCCUACCAAAUUGGAUUCACUGAUUCUGAAAGAUAGGUGCCUGGAGCCACUUUUGAAGCUUGAUUUCCCAUGACAAAAGCCCGUCUUUAAUCACAAAAAAUAUAACUCUUUAAGCACUUCUAACCUGGCAGCAGGCAAGGCCCUAUAAGUGCUGUAUUUGACACAGGCACCUUGAAUUUGCUACCUUGGUUUGACCUCCUGCUUCCUAGAUGGGCAAGGAGUGGUUAAGCUGCAAAGCAGUGUUCAGUGGGUAGGUGGGAUGUGCCUUAUGUAGCUCUACAGCUCACCCUCUGGGCCAAUGCAAGAACGGUAUGAAUGCAGUAGACUCUAAAGAGACUCUCUAUUCAGCCCUUCUCUGCCAGAAAGAAGUGCCUGAGCACAGCACAGAGCCAUGAAAAGGGAAAAUAAACCAAAGGGUGUGGGAACAGUGUGGUGAUGGGGGUGAAGAUCCUCAGAAAGGGCUUGCUUAACCUGAAAAAAACAGACCUGGCUUCUCGCUACUGGUGAAUCCAAGAUGGCAGCCACACACUGUUGGGUAUGAUUUCAUGGCUCCUGCAUUACAGGUUCCUGGGCUGGCCACAUGUUAUGCAAUAGUACUGUAUAUGCAUUCAAUGCAAAGCAAACCAGAAAAGCUUAAAUAAUGUUAAACUUUUAACACAAGGGGGCAAAAGCUGAGAAAGUCUGAGUCUAUGUUAAUUGCCUGUUCCUUUCUCAUGCCACUGUGGAAAAAAUGGAGUCUUUAUUUUUCUUAGAAUAGAAAAUAAUCUGUCAUGGAAGCGUUGAAUGUUUUUGUACCUAAGACAUCUCAUUCUGCUCUUCCAGAUGAAUGAAAAUGUGGGCAGUUGUUAAAAGUAUGUAAUAGCAGAUUAGGCUUCUGCUGAAUACAUUCCUGUUUGUUGAAUAUAGACAUCGAUAUAUUUUUUUAAAUUCAUUUUAUUGGCUGAACUGUAGCUGGUCUGUGAUGCGAAGAUAGGGCAAUUUAGCAUCCCAUUAGAUAGGGUACGCCCUGUGCUUCACUGGAGGAGCCAUGCAUUGGUGGGAGCAGAGUGGUGGUGAUAGCUGUGUACCAGGUAGAAGCACAGGAAAAAGAUGUCUCGGGGUGGGCAGAAUGCAGCAUGUGCACUAGCUGACUGCAGGAGGAAGACGUCUCCUAACUGACUUUGCCCACUUGAAGGCCCAGCAUUCAGAUAGCAUAAUAGCUGGUGCUAUCUCCUUCUGCUCCCCUUAGCACUAAAUAGUUCCUAUCUUGCUGCUAGUAGGGGGAGGGGAUGGAAGUGACUCCUUGUGUCUGCUCAUGCCCUUGUGCAACCAUAUAGUGGAGGGCAGAAGCUAGCCUUGGUAUUAUAUCGAUUAAUGAUAAAAAGCAUGUGAUGUUACACUUUGACGGGCAAAGCAGUUGUUAUAAGAAUUGGCUAAAAGUUUGCUUUCUACAAACCAAGCUUGAACCUUUUGGAAAGUGUGGGAUUGGUUUACUAAUAGACCACCCCCAGCAGGGCUCUGGAGCUCCUCUCAUAGCCUUCCCAUCCAACUCCUUCCUGCUGGAUCUCUUUGCCUGUCCUAUACUAGUACCUAUCUGCAGGCCUUCAACUUCUCUCUUAUAACUACAUAUUACCUCCUUCAGACGACCACCGGCUAUGCUAACCAGUUCAAUAGGCAUGACAGGGUCAUGAGCCUUUGGACUGGCUAAUAUCACUAGCAGCAGUAGCUCCUUGCAGGCCCUGUGCCCAGCUGAACACGUGGACUCGUGCCCUUCUGAGUCCCUUGGACACUCCCCCACAGCCAGAGCACAGUUGAGCCUUAUAUUUGUUAUUUUGCUUUGCAUUCUCUUCACUGGAAAGCAACCAACGGGAGCAAUCUGAUAAAAGUUGCUGUGAGAGAAAGGAUAUAAUGGUGGCUCUUUGCUCUGAUCUGCCCUUUUUGCAUGUAUAGAACCCUCCAGAUUUGAUUUAGAAUAUUCAUAGGAGGGGGACACUGCAUGUAGGAGCUCCACACGUCCAGGGACAGGAGUUGUUCUGUGCAUGAAGAGAGGGUAGAAGAUCUGAGUGAAGACUUUCCAGAUAAGUUUUAAGCCUAUGAACCUAGAAGCUGAGACACGUAAGUGCUGACUCUUCUCUCAUGAAUAGUUGAUUUGGAAGAUGAGUUUGCAUGUUUACUCUCUUUGAUCAAAGUGCUACAGUUGUUGAGUCAGUGGGACAUAUAGGGCUAGAUUCUCCCCUGCAUCUGGACUCCUCCAAAUAGGAAUUGGGGGAGCUGUUAGGGAGCAAGUUAGAGCCCCUGAAUCUGGCCUGAUCCUGGCCAGUCUGCAAUGACUCAGCUUACAUCUCUGACCUAGGAUCCCUAGGGGACCCUAUACCAGUGGAGGAUUUGUUUAGUGCAGCAGAGCUCUGCUCGCCUCCUUAUUCACCCCAAUACUCCCUCUGUGCCAUGGAUGGGAGGCUGACAAAGGAGCCAGCUCUGCCUGCUUUAUUGCAGCAGAGAGUUUCCUUAUACCAGGGGAAUUCUUCACUGGCUGUUUGCAGCCAGAAUCUAGCCCAUAAUAUAAAAAACCCCAUUUCAGUAACUAAAAGUUUUGUGUGAAAAGGGACUGCAGAAUUUAGUGCUUCCUGCCUUGACUUAUUUUUGACUUAUUCAUGUACCUCACAUGGAAGAUAGGAUUAGAUGGAGUGCAGUAAAAAUGAGAACUCAUCUUCACUCUUACAGCUAUUUGGAAUAAAUACACGCAGUUGACAAAACUCAACAUACUGAAUAUCCUUAUGAAUUAAUCCUCGUACAUUUUUCAUACUGUGAAACUUUUUUAAAGAUCUUUUAUGUCUGUUGUAUGGGAAGGGGGGAAUCGUACUGGAAUAACUGUCAUCAGUUAGUGAAAGAACAUUUAGUUACUUUUUUGAUAGGGUCAAAUUCAGCUGCAACAUGAUAUCUAUAUCCAGGGUAUUGUAAUGUUUUGUACAUGGGACUUUCUUCUCGAGCUUUUUAUUAUGCCUUUUUCAUGUUUUUGUUAUGUUUUGUGACAAACUGGAGACUCGUGUAAGUGUGAAUGGUCCGUAAUAGAAAUGUAGUUCUUACACUCUUUGGCCAUUGCUUUGUAUGUUGAAAAAUUGGCUUAUCCAAAUAUGAGCACAUUUCUCUACAUAUAUAGGACUGAACUGUCAACUCAGUUCAUAUCUUGUUGUUCAUGACAGCCAAGCCUUCGCCAUCUCUAAUAUUUACAGGCGGUUACAAAAUAACUCGUCUUUUCUCUUUGAUUUUUCAAACGGGCCUCUGUAUAAUUUUACCUUUCACAUCAAGGUGCAACACUGACAGUAUUUGACAGGCUGAGCCUGCCAAAAUAUUGAUUUACCUCACAGACUAUCACAGUUGGCUUCUAUCCUAACUGUCUUCCUGAUUUUUUUCCCCUUUCAUAAUACAACUAGCCUGCAGUCACUAUCAGAAAAAUUACAUAGAUGUUGUUUGUGCAGUCAUGUUUUAUCAGGAGCAUGAAUUUCAUUAAACUCUGCUUGCUGACAUUCAAUCAUUUGUCACUUAACAUGCACCAAAUGGUCAUAUGUCAUGGUCACUUCACAUUUUCAGUCUUGUCACUUGUACUGUUAUUCCUGAUUUGUGUAAAUGUUCACUUCAGUGUUGGUAUCUCUUACUUAACGUCUCUAGCAUGUCCUUAGGGACUACUGGUAACAGUACUGUUGCUGUUCUGUUACACAAUAUUAAGAAACACUCAGAUUAUACCAAUCAGCCUUGUCUGAGAACAUUUUUCUGGCAUACUCAGUAAAUAUUCAAAGAAGAAGCCUGCAUAUGUUUUUCUUGGUUUCAUGGAACCACUCACAAUUAUAUUUGUCCAAGAGGGCCUUCUAGAGCCCCCGAGACAAUGAAGAACACCUUUAUCCCUACUCACCCAUUGACAUUCCCAUGUAAGAGACCAGAUUACCAUUACCACCUCCAGCGUCCUUAGUUCACAGAUGCAAAUAAAAAUCACUUCUAAUUAGAAAAAUGUGAGACCAUUUACUAGAAUGAGCCUUACUCCCUUUGGCAACUCUUCUACAAGCGUGCAUAUGUUACCAGCUCUUCUGUAGCCAUGAGUGGCUCUGACUUGCUUGGCUGGGAUACGGACAGAUGAUUAUCAUGCUCAUCUUUUCAAAAAUAAAAUAAACAAUUUUAACACUUUCCAGUGAUGUCAGUCACAACCUCACAAUACUCUUAAAUCAACUUUAGGCCUGCUUUGGGCAUGUGAGCUGUGCAAAUCAGCCAUCCACCUGUGGCUAGAAUCUGACCCUUGGUCAUUGUCCACUUGCAGCUGAACUGUUUAAUUUGUAAUACAAAUGGUGCUCGGUACUUUUUAUGUUUUAAGCGAUGAAUUGUCCUAUGUAGGUAUCAUUCCACAUAUAACAGCUCUUCCUGAACGUAACCCUUUUAUUUUAGUUUCCAUUUGUACCUAUUCAAAACAUUGAGACUAUUUCUGACUAAAAGCAUUUUUUGUGAAUUUUAAAUAUGUACCCAAGGACACUAUGCAAUGUAAAUAUCUCAAAUUUAAAAGAAAUUUUAAGAAUGGUAGCUUCGUUCAUUACUACGUUGAUGAGAAAGGUGUAAAUGUUUUUAAAAUUGUGAACAAAUGUCUUUUAUAAAAUGUGAUUUAUGGGAAGUUUUAACAGUCCAUAUAUGCUAUAAGAUAACAGGCCUUCACCAUGUCAAUUUAUCUAAGUAUUCUGUAUCCAAAAGGCUGAAAUUGAAAACCUGGUUUGAUUUGUAUACAAAAAAAGUUAGAAAACAUGGAAAUAAAGGACUGUACAUGAA